AUGAUUCUUUGCGCAGUGCUAACAGUACUCCCAAAUCCGCCACCUCCUCCUGUUCCUCCUCCAAAACCGUCAGCCCCGAACUUGAAUUCAAAGAAUGUGUCAUCAAAUUCAAAUGCUGUCCAAAUAGGACCAUCUCAAGCAUCUGCGUGGCCUGUUGUUUCAGCCAGGACUUCACCUGGUGGUCUCGACCCACUUCCCCCGAAGUCUCUUAAUGAGAAUGAGGGCUACAAUAGCGCUGACGAACAAUUCCAUGCUUUUCCGUCCUCUUAUGAUGAUUUAGAGAGAGAGCGGCAAUUUGAAAUUGAUAUCAGAAGGGCAAAAGGUUAUGAAGUAAAAAGAAUGCUGGAGGAUGGAAACUGUCUUUUUCGUGCAGUUGCAGACCAGGUUUAUGGGGACUCUGAUUUAUAUGAUCGGGUCCGACAGAUGUGCAUAGACUAUAUGGAGCGAGAAAGAGACCACUUUUCUCAAUUUAUUACUGAAGGCUUCACAUCUUAUUGUAAGAGGAAGAGAAGAGAUAAGGUCUAUGGAAACAAUGUUGAGAUUCAGUCCAUGUGUGAGAUGUAUAAUCGUCCCAUUCAUAUAUACUAUUAUACUAUAGAACCCAUCAACAUCUUUCAUGGAAAUUAUGACACUGACACACCACCCAUACGACUGAGUUAUCAUCAUGGGAAUCAUUACAAUUCCCUUAUUGACCCACGACGCUUGACAAUUGGUGCAGGACUGGGGUUUAGCUGCCUUCGUGGGACAAACGUUGACAAAGAUCAAGUCAAGGCUGCAAUCAAAGCUCAGCAAGACCAACAGAUUGAUAAUGCACUUUUAGCAGAGGGACGGUUUUACUCCGAUCUUGAGUUUACAGAAAAGGAGAUUGAGCACAUGGUGAUAGAAGCUUCUCGGGCUGAAUAUCUUGCUGAUGUUACAUUUAAGCAGCAGCUUGCUCAUAGAGAAUCCUCAACUUCAAAUGCCGAACCAUCAUCUUCUGGAGCAAGAUCAUCAGGUGGAGAUGGCAAGACGGCGAUGGGGAAAGAGCGAGAUUCAAAUCUGAGCAAUAGCAUGCAGAUGGUGCUAUCCAUGGGAUUCAGCUACCUGCAGGCGAUAGAGGCCUAUAGCAUAUUUGGGGAUGAUGUGGAAUCUAUGGUUUGUUACCUCUUGGAAACCAGCAGCAGCAGCAGACGGAAAGGCAAGGCCACCGAAUGAACUCUGAACUUACUGGGAGGCGACAUGCAAUGUAGUCAACUGUGGUCAAUUUAUGGAGACAAAACUUGGAACUUAAAAUAUUCAACUAUCGUCCUAGUCCAUUAAUUAAAUAAUAAUCUUGUACUAGGCUUUUUUGAAUUUAAUAUCCGGCAUAUGCAUGAGGUCCAAAAAAGGAAAUGAUCAGUUACCACAACUCAGUUAACUAAUUUUAUAUGACUGCUUGCUAUGCUACUGUAAGAAUUGGGUAAAAUAAAUAUUUCCUAAAUCUGUUUAGAAGUUUAUGUA